GACAAAGUGGAGACCACCUCUCUUCUGCAGCGAAGGAUUAUCCUCAGUGCAGCGAGGACAACUCGAACAAGUGAAUAUGGCGGCCAUGUUCGCUCCGACGCCAUUCUGGUUGACUCCCGGCCAAGUGGUUACCUAAGAAACGCUGAAGACUUCGGCGAACAGAAGGCGCGCUAGGCGUCAGUAGUGUGCGGUGCUGGCCGGAAAUGACGAACAAAGUUCCCGGUGACCAGUUGCUGCCCGUUAUGGACGCCGGGCUAAGACCGGAGCCGCAACAUCAGUACGAAAUGGAGGGCAAGGCGUCUCUCUUGGGUUACUCGCCAUUUUGCAGCCCGAUGGUCGAUGACCGCAACUCAUACGCCAGGACAAACCUGGGAGUCUUUCCUUUCCGGGAUGGCUGCAAAAAGGGAAAGAUGACCUUCCAGGGAAAGGUGUACAAUUUCCUCGAAAGACCGACGGGCUGGAAGUGCUUCCUCUACCAUUUCUCAGUAUUUCUAGUUGUAUUGAUUUGCCUCAUCUUCAGCGUCCUGUCCACCAUCGACCAAUACAGCGAUUUCGCCAUGUCAUCUUUGUACUACAUGGAGAUUUUUCUCGUAGUCUUUUUUGGAAUGGAGUACUGCGUCCGGCUUUGGGCAGCCGGAUGUCGGAGCAAGUACCUGGGAUUCUGGGGCCGGCUGAGGUUUGCUCGAAAGCCCAUUUCUAUCAUCGAUCUCAUCGUUGUCGUCGCUUCUGUUGUGGUCCUAGUGGCCGGCUCGAACGGCCAGGUGUUUGCUACCUCAGCAAUCAGGGGAAUCCGUUUCCUCCAGAUACUACGCAUGCUUCACGUCGACCGACAGGGAGGCACAUGGAGGCUGCUUGGUUCCGUAGUCUUUGUACAUAGGCAGGAGCUCAUCACAACGCUGUACAUUGGUUUCCUCGGCCUGAUCUUCUCAUCAUAUUUCAUGUACUUGGCCGAGAAGGACGCGAUGGGCAUCGAGGGAAAGUCAGAUUUUACAAGUUACGCCGAUGCACUCUGGUGGGGAGUGAUAACAGUUACGACCAUCGGCUACGGCGACACUGUUCCUAGGACCUGGAUGGGGAAGAUUGUGGCGUCCUGUUUUUCUGUUUUUGCAAUCUCAUUCUUCGCGUUACCCGCGGGCAUUCUGGGAUCAGGGUUUGCCUUGAAGGUCCAACAGAAACAACGGCAGAAGCACUUUAAUCGCCAAAUACCAGCGGCUGCCACAUUAAUACAGUGCCUGUGGAGGUGCUAUGCAGCGGAGAAAACUUCCCGGUGCGAAGCCACUUGGAGGAUUCACGUCAAGGAAUCCAACCACGGUGGCCUCAACUCGGGAACACCACUCAGCAGGGUGGCCAAGAGGGCGAGCGUGUUGCGACGGCGCAAGUCGAAGCAAAAGAUCGAGGUGUCCAAUUACUCGGCCAACACGGCCGAAACAGAAGGCGACUCGCAGGCCGAGGACAGCGGCAAAUUAGGUCAGCGAAGGAAAACGAUAUCGACACCAAAUGCGAACUGUCACGACGCGAACAACGAAUUCGUCGAGAUCGACAUGGACGAAUCGCCGCAAGUGACCAGCCUGACUGAAGCACACAAAAAUGCCAUUCGCGGAAUACGCAAGAUCAAGUACUUCGUGGCGCGAAGAAAAUUUCAGCAAGCACGUAAGCCAUACGACGUUCGUGACGUCAUCGAACAGUACUCCCAAGGGCACGUGAACAUGAUGGUGCGCAUAAAGGAGCUACAGAGAAGGCUAGACCAGACGCUUGGGAAACCUGGUUCCUACUUGAACGAGAAGGGAAUGAAGCCGAUGACUGUGGGAGCCAGGCUACACCGAAUGGAAAUGCAGCUCAUGUCCCUGGAGAGGAAAGUGGACAGGGUUCUUUCAAUGCUGGAGCUCAUCACCAGUGGACACAAGGGCGACCACGGACAGGAGUACGACAUUUGAAAGCAAGACGGUGUGGAGACAGCCAAGCAUUUUCGUCUAGCCUCGAACCCAGAGACGCAGAAGAUGCGUGUAGCCGCUGAUACCGUCGAAUGUGAAGAUGUCCGAGUCACUCAGGGUCGACGUACAGCGGCCAACGCAGGAAAAUACCGCCGUAUUCCACCGGCGCAAAAAUUACGUCAUUAGCUGUCCGCCUCACUAAGCGUCAGCGAACAGUCACUUACGCAAGAGAUUUCCGCCAUAUUCUGCCGGCGUAACAAAUAACGCCAUUAUUCUUCAAACAUUCGAAGCCGUUUUACUGUCGAUACUUCCUCCGUCUCGAUAUUUUGGC